AUGAUGAUGACGUGCCGUCUGCUGUGCGCCCUGUUGGUGCUUGCCCUGUGCUGCUGCCCGUCCGUGUGCGUGGCAGAGACUCCGGAGAUCACUGCUGAUGCUGAGGUCGAAGCUGAACCUACUGUAACCGCUACGGUCACAUUGUCCCCUGUACGAGACACUGAAACGAUUCAAGUUUCUGGUGCUAUUCCAAAGUCCGCCAGUCCAUCGAGCCUUCCACAAGAAAAAGCAUCACGAGGGGAUGGUGAGUCAGAGCCGCCAGGUCCGGGGUCCGUUGCAGAGCCGAGAAGAGGUGCCGGAGCGGGAAAACGUUUGACCGCUACGUCACCAAAACCAGAUGAGGCGGCUAGUGCGUUACAGACAAAAGGCAACAACGGUACGACAGGGUUACAAAGUGACACGAAUAAAUCCGCAGAAGAAACAGAUCAGGAAGCCGAAGUUCCCGCAGAGACGACAACAACGAAAACCACAACGACGACUACAACAACGACACCAACCACUUCCACAAAGGCACCAACGACAACUACCACGACAACCACGACCACCACUACAACACAUGCACCAAGUACUACGACUACAGAGGCGCCAACUGUGUCGACCACCCGCGCACCGUCACGUCUUCGCGAAAUCGACGGCAGCCUCAGCAGCUCUGCGUGGGUGUGUGCCCCGCUGGUGCUCGCCGCAUCCGCUCUGGCGUACACCACUGUGGGCUGA